AUGGUGGAAACGUCCGUUUGUGCAGUCAACAUGGCCAAGUUUCCAUUCGACACGCAAACCUGCACGCUCCUCUACGGUUCCUGGGGACACACGGGCAAGGAGGUGAACAUCACGACCAGGUUGGGUGGAAUUGACAUGGGUGACUUUAAGCAGAAUAACAAAUGGGAAGUUUUGGACACUUCUUCGCGGGUUGAUGUAAAAACCUACUCGUGCUGCGUGGAACCCUACCAAACACUCACAGUGACGUUUAAGCUGCGCCGGAAGUCAUCGUAUUUUAGUCAUGUGCUCAUCCUUCCGGCUAUCCUCAUAGCCGUCCUUGUUCCGUUCAUGUUUCUCUUGCCACCUGAUUCCAAAGAGCGUAUUACCAUGGGCACUGUCUUAUUUCUCUGCACCCUUCUGCAGAUAACCUUAAUACACGAAAUCCUUCCGCGUCAACAUGAAACUGUUCCAAUCAUUGGUAAGUUUUAUUGA